AUGCAGGACUUGCUUCCAAUUGUUCUUUUGAUAUUUUCUAUUGUAUUUUGCAAUUCAUGGGUUGGAUUUGGUCAAAAUACAUUUAACGUACUUCAAUAUGGUGCCAAAGGAGAUGGCACUUCUGAUGAUACACAAGCGUUUAUGCAAGCAUGGAAAGCUUUAUGUGGAGCAAAUCAAGGGAAUCCAACACUUGUGGUGCCAGAUGGACAUUCAUAUUUUGUGCGUGAAAUAAUUUUUAAAGGACCUUGCAAAUCUCAAAAUCUUCAUAUUCAGAUUAAUGGAAAAAUAGUAGCACCUCAUAGAGAUACAUGGGGUACAUGUUCAAAAAGGUGGCUUUAUUUUUUGAAUGUACAUGGUAUGACUGUUGAUGGAUCAGGAGUGAUCGAUGGUCAGGGUGAUGCUUGGUGGAGCAAUCUUAAUGGAACCAAAGGAUGUACGGGGACACCUCCUACGGCUUUACUAUUUGAAAGGUGUGACGGACUUCAAUUAAGUGGACUCACGCAUAUAAAUGGACCAGGAAUGCACAUCUAUGUAGUUCAUAGUCAAGAUGUAACAAUCUCAAAUAUUAACGUAAAAUCACCGAAAGAUAGUCACAAUACAGAUGGAAUUGAUCUCUCAAAUUCAGUUCGGGUUAAUGUUCAUAACUCCAUAAUAGAAAGCGGUGAUGAUUGCAUUGCUAUUAAAGGUGGAUCACAAUUCAUCAAUAUCACUCAAGUUACAUGUGGACCUGGGACUCACGGUAUUAGUGUGGGGAGUCUAGGGGGUGGUGGAGCUACGGAAUUUGCUGAACAUAUAACUGUCAAGAAUUGCACAUUCAAUGGAGCUGAUAGUGCAGUCAGAAUCAAGACAUGGCCAGGUGGAAAAGGAUAUGUCAAAGAUAUCAUUUAUGAUCAAAUCAUAGUCAAUCAAAUAAACAACCCUAUAGCAAUUGAUCAACAUUACAUGAGAACUCCAGAAAAGAGUCAAGCACUAAAAAUUAGUGAUGUAACAAUUAGUAAUAUCUAUGGAACAUGCAGUGGUGAUCAUGCUAUUGCACUAGAUUGUGCCAAGAUAGGGUGUGACAAUAUUACCUUGCAAGAUAUCAAAAUUACCUCAGUUGAUCCAAAGAAACCAAGUUCUGCAAUAUGCAAUAAUGUUCAAUUGAAAUCAAAUAAUGUUUCACCUGCUUUGAUUUGUCUACAUUAG